AUGGCGGACGCGGAGGAAAACCCGCUCAUCUCCAGCACCAGAGCUUCCGACACGAGCCCGCAGGUCCAGCUUCACCCGCUCGUGCUGCUCACCGUGUCCGACUACAUCACGCGCCACACCCUCCGCCAGCAGUCCGGCCCGGUUGUCGGCGCCAUAAUAGGCCGCCAGAAUGGCCGCGAGAUCACCAUGGAAGUAGCGUUUGAGGCUAAGCUGAUCGCCGGUGACGAUGGCGAGGUCAGGAUUGAUGACGCAUGGUUUGGCGAGCGCCUGGAGCAAUACAAAACCGUAUUCAAGUCCCCGCCGUUGGAUCUUGUCGGCUGGUUCACGCUGGGCGCUCCUGCCGGCCCCGCACCUCACCAUCUUGCCAUCCACGAGUACAUUCAGAACGUGCAUAAUGAGGCUGCAUUGCUCCUCUUAUUCCACCCAGAAUCUGUCCUUGAGGGCAACGCAACUGGCGGCAAACUUCCGCUUACUAUUUACGAGAGUCUGUGGGAGGGCGGUGUCGGCAAUGACAAGGCUACAAGCAUGGAGAUUGACAGCGGUGCCGCCGGCCAGGGCAAGCAGCAAAAGUUCCGGGAGCUGACGUACUCGGUUGAGACUGGAGAGGCCGAGAUGAUUGCCGUAGAUUUCGUGGCAAAGGGCGGUGGUAAUGCAACAGAUGUCGACCAGGCUAGGAAGGGCAGCAUUGCCGCAGGGAAUGGCACCAACAAGGCCAAGAGCAAGGGAAAGGCGAAGGCCGAUGUGGAGAGCGCAGAGCUUAGCGACGACUCUGUUCCCUUGACUGCUGAGGACGAAGAGUUACUCGCUUCCCUCACCGCAAAGUCGAAUGCAAUCAAGAUGCUCCGCGCCCGCAUCAAUCUACUUCAAGCCUACCUAUCUGAACUUCCGCCCUCCUAUCUCACCGAUGCUCAGAUUCCGCAGACGAAGAACCCCACUGAGCAGCCAAACCACGAGAUCCUCCGCGCCAUCCAGGCUCUUCUCUCUCGCCUUCCGCUCCUUGCUCCUCCGGAUCGCGCGACCUUCGCGCGCGAGGCAAUUGAGCAGCGCGCCGAUGUGGAACUGACAAACCUGCUCGCUAGCAUCACAGGAUCGCUCGGAGCUGCUAGCGAGCUCGGCAAAAAGUUUGCUAUUGUCGACUCGGCGCGCAACAGCCGUCGGAGUGCUGGCGGUAUGGGCGGACCAUUUGGCAUGGGUGGCCGUCCGCCUUUCGACAUUGACGGCAACCCCGGAGGCGGAUUCUUCGAUAACCCGAUGGGCGGUGUCAGUGGAGCGUAUGUGAGUCCUGGCGAGGGAAGAGUGUUUCCGGGCAGGCAUCGCUGA